GAAUAUGAAUCGCUCUGACGUCGACGCUCCCCAAAACAUUCCCCACAGCCAUUGCUGUCUAUGACACAGUGGAUUUGAGAGGAAAACGAAACAGAAGAUGAUGCGUCAGGCCAACUUGUGUCUAGGAUUGAUAUUUUUAGCAUUGUUCAAGGUUGCAACGUCCACUAACGUUUGCAAGCAACAAGGGCACGAUUGCACUAACGCAGCAUGCGUAUCUUGUCCACCUGCCUUCGGUGUUAAAGAAUUCUGUCACGAGGACACUCCGACUGUGUGUGAACCUUGUGUUGCUGAAGUCAACUACUCCAAUAGUUCGAGCCCUUUGGAGCUGUGUAAAAGAGUCGCAGAAUGUGCAGCAGAUCACAUUGUUGCCAAGAAAGCAACGAGAACGAGCGAUACACAAUGCGUCUGUCUCAAGGGAUACGUAGAAGAUAGAUUUGGAAUUUGUCACAAACUACAGCCAACACAAUAUCUAACUGCAUCGCCAACAACAAGCACAACAGAAGUUCCUACAGGAACUACAACAACAAGCACAACAGAAGUUCCUACAGGAACUAUAACUUCGACGACGUCAUUUGUAAAAUAUAUUAUCAUCGGAUCAGCUGUCUUCAUCAUUCUUUGCAUCGGUGUUGUACUUGUAUGUAUAUGUAUAUACAGAUGCUGCAAGAAACGUGUCUGCUAA